AUCCAUCAAUCCAUGCGGAUGGUAGUGGGAGGGAAGCGCAAAUCUGUGGCGUUGAGAUUUACGUAGCUUUUAUAGCUUCAGUACAUAUUCGAAGGCGUUAAUUGUGGAACGCUUAUUGGUUCUGUGACGGCUUACAAGUGCGCUUUCACUUCGUCCAGGGAAAUGGGCGUGAAACUAGUUACCGCAUCUUGAUCCGGGAUGAUGUAACCAUUGUAUUCCAAGGCUGUUCCCACUUCUCUCUGUUCUGAGCUGUGCUUGGCUGAAGUUACCAGCCUUUCCCUACUUUUCUUUGUUCGUGAGAACAUAGCAUCAAAGAAGAGGAGAAGGAAAUCGUGCAGAAAUGGCAACACAAUCAAAGGAUUCUGAACAGUUAGUACAACACCCAGCGUUGCUGGCUCGUAAUGCUGGCGAACUUAAAGAAAGAGCCUCCAGCUCUUCACCAACCACCUUGGUUUUGUUGCUUGUGGUGCCGAUAGUACUAGUGUUCUUCGCAGACUUUGCCUUUGCUGUUGCCAUGAAAUCAUCAGAGGCCCAAGCAGGACAAAGAGCAGCUGUAAAGACCACUGUCACCAGCUCAAGUGGAGAGAGUGCUUCUGGUGGUUCCGGUCCUGAUGCUGCAUUAAAGGACAAGAGAAAGACCCCAGUGAACCAAAAAUCAACGGCAAAAGGUCUUACUGCUCAGAAAAAGCAUGAUUUACUGUCAAGGAAGUUUGCCACAAGGAGGAAGACAUGGAGUACAGGCAGCACCAAGGCAUUGGCUGAGAGCGCCGACCUUAGUGUCCUUGCACUGUGACAUUGGUGGGUGCUACAGAGCCCCCCGUCCAGCCAUAAUGGCAAAACGUAUGCAUCAAACAGGUAUAGAGGAGAUGACGUGCGGAUUAGUGGAUACGCCGGUGACAUCUGCGGGUAGCCCCGUGAGAGGCGUUUCAAGGUUGGCCGGUUUGAGGCAGUCUAAUGAGACUACCUCUCAUGGCCAUCUCACAUGGUCAAAGCAGAAAGUCAAACGAAAGCUGUGCACCAAGUGGCCAUCAGCAAAGAAGCACUUUUAACACCAGAACAACCGAAGUGAUGCACAUGGGACCCUGAAUGGGACAGGAGACCGCAAUGAGCGAGCUAGAAGAAACCAUACCGGAAGUGUAGUUCUCCAUUCAACACUCGCAUAAAAGUUUAUUGAAAUUGAACAGAUCA